UCCUAGCAAUAGUAGCAAUGUCCAGUCGGUGGUUUAGUCUGCAGGUUGCGUGGCGCAAGGUGCAAACAUGGGCCUGCCGGAUAUAGACAACAUACCGGAAACUGGCGCAGUAUUUACCAUCGGUCGAAGCCGAUUCGCCGAUAAUGUAGCGUCUCAUUUCUUCAUUAGACGCGACCCCGUUUUGGACGUAACAUGUGGGGACGAACACUCGGCCGUUGUUUGUGAAAGCGGCAGACUCUUCGUUUUUGGUAGCAACGACUGGGGUCAACUUGGUCUUGGACACAAGAACCACGUUAGCAAACCGUCCUGCGUGAAAAUUCUAAAACCGGAGAAAGUGACCCACGUAGCAUGCGGUAGAGCGCAUACUCUCAUAUGCACGGGUGGUCAAAAGAUCUUUGCGUGCGGCAGUGACCAGGAGGGUCAACUUGGUCGUGGUACCAUGACCACUGGUGAUAGUUCGAGUUCACCGGUUUUGGUACACGAUUGCGGUUCGGCAGGACCGAGGAUAGUUCAGCUUGCGGCUGGUUCCCAUCAUUCGAUGAUCCUUACUAGCGACGGUGAUGUCAUGGCUUGGGGUAGUAAUCUGGAAGGCCAAUUGGGUCUUCCUGGAAUUUCGGGUCUUGUUAAUAAACCUACGAAGGUUCAAAUUCCUGAACCCGCUAAACAAAUUAGUGCUGGAUAUUAUCAUUCUGCAUUUUUGACCGAGACUGGUUUACUUUAUGUUUGCGGUGAGUCUGAAAGCGGGAAAAUUGGUAUUGUCGUAAAUUUCUCAACCCAGGUCGCACCGAAGUUAUUGCAACUACCGAUGCCAAUUGUUGAUGUCGCGUGUGGUGGUCACCAUACGCUGGUAUUAACAGAUACUGGGACAGUACACUGUUUUGGCAGUAAUGCCAGUGGACAAUUAGGUAUGGGCAUCGAUGUAACUGAAGUGCAGACACCAAAACUUCUUCCAAAAGACAGUCUGCAAGGAGAAACAAUUUCGAAAAUUGCUUGUGGAGAAAGUCACAGUGCAAUUAUUACUGAAUCUGGCAAACUGUUCACAUGCGGCGAUGGCAGACACGGUAAAUUGGGUCUGGAAGAGAAUGAAAAUAAUGUUCAUGAAUUGACAUGGGCCAAUAAAUAUCAGGAACUUUUCAUAACAAACGUUUCUUGUGGUGGCUGCCAUACUAUAUUGGUGGGUCGCAGACGGGAAUUAGAUAAUGAUGAAUCGGAUUCUCUGCAAAUGGAUCCAUUAAUCGCAAGAAAUAAUUCUUUACCUCCGUUGAAAGUUUCACACGGUAGACUCCAAUAUGAAGUGACACAGUCGAAGAAAAUUGAAGUGGAUAAUAAAAUGUCUACGAGUAAUCCAUUACCGAGUACUACAGAAAUGGUAAACAAUGAUAAUAUUAGCAUCAAAGACCCGAUGAACAACAGUGAGAAACCGGAAGUAGCCAAAAAGAUGUCAGAGUACAUUGAAGAGCAUAACGAUACCAAAGUCUCUGAAACAUCAAUUAUUAAAGAAAAUGUUGAAAAGUUGGAUGAGGAUAAUAAUGUUUCUAAUGACAAUGAUGUUUCUAAUGAACAACGAACAAUAUCUGAUGUUAGCGAACGAUCUUCCAAUUCAGAUAAAGAAGUGAUCGAAGGUAGUAAACAAACAAAAUCAAUAACUGAUAACGAAAUAAUAAGCGGAAAGACUAUUUUGAGUCCGCUUCCGGUACCACCGCCAAAACCACCACGCACAAAAAUUGGCAGCGCCGACAGUGCUUUAUCUGAAAAAACUUCUUCCUCGACUACGACGCAUCUUCAGCCGGAACUGGUGACCACGCCUGUCAAAGAGAUAAGCUCAUCAACGAUUAAAACACCGGAAACGAGUGUAAUGAAGAACGAAACUGUUGACGAAGUUAAAGAGAAUUGUGAACAAAAAUCAGCAAAUAGUCGUGGGGCAAAUUCGGCUAACUCGGAAAACGUUACUGAAGAAACUUUGGGAGUUGAUGGUGAAAAAAACAAGUUGGAUAUUGGCAACGAAAAUAACAAAGAUAUCGGCGCAGAAAAAGACAAAGACAACCGUGACACAGAAUUAAAAGUCGAAGCCACAGAUGAUACGGAUGUUGUACCUUCUCCAUUGGCAAAAACUGGUGGGAAAAUGGCAAAACUAUUUAGGAAUAAAAAACAACUGGAGGCAGAGAAUGGGACGAAGGGAAGUAACGUGACAAAUGCAAAAUCAAAAUCGAAAACGUGUAGCGUAAUAUAACCAAGAAGACUUCGAUGUUUCCACAGUAUUUCAUUAUAUUUUUAUAAUCUAAUAUACAUAUUCGCGAUUGGGGACCAAGGCGAGCGAAAUCAAAAAAUUUCGAUAAAUUCAACAUUCGAUAAGCUAUCAAAAUUUACACGUAACGGAAUCGUUUCCCGUUGCUUUCGCAAAAAAAGUUUAGAGUAGGCAUGCAUUUAGGAUAAGUUGUUUGAGGCUGUUUCCAGUGUGAUUUAUUAUUGUAAUAAAAGAAAUAUCAAUAAACAUAUUACCAAUAAAGAUCCGUACUGUACAACCUGUA